CAGAGUCCGAGAGCGGAAAUCAUUCGCGACCAGCGAAAGGUUCACGUUACUUGCAGGAACAUUGAAGAAAGGAGGAAAAGCGGGUAGCGGAUAUCAACACUGGUUUUAUUCAGAAGGGUGUCACAUAAUCUACAUACGCUGGUAUCUCAAUAUUCAUCUCCUCCUGAAGUCUCAGACGAAGUUCGUCGUGGAAUGCGCUGGCAGCAGUGAAUGGUUCAGCGGCAGCGGUGCCAACAGCAGUCGUCCCAUGAGUUUUCUUUUGGCCUGAGCUGUCUGCUUUGGGCUCAGGCCUGGUUCGUCUGGAUCUCUGUGCCUCCGGCGCCGCAGUCAUGGAUCACCCCAGAGAGAAGGAGGGCGAGAGGCCGGCCAGGAGCAGUAAAGUGGCCCAGGGGCGCAGCGGGCACUCGCGGCCCUCCAGCUCCUCCUCGUCCUCUGGGGUCCUUAUGGUUGGACCGAACUUCAGAGUUGGCAAGAAGAUCGGCUGUGGCAACUUUGGAGAGUUGAAGCUCGGAAAGAAUCUCUAUACAAAUGAGUACGUUGCAAUAAAAUUGGAACCUGUGAAAUCGAGGGCCCCACAGCUACAUUUGGAGUACCGGUUCUACAAAACAUUAGGCAGUUCAGUAGAGGGUCUGCCUCAGGUCUUCUAUUUUGGGCCCUGUGGGAAAUACAAUGCCAUGGUCCUGGAGCUGCUCGGCCCUAGUCUUGAGGAUCUCUUUGACCUGUGUGACAGAACAUUCUCCCUCAAGACGGUCCUGAUGAUUGCCAUUCAGCUGAUAUCCCGCAUGGAGUAUGUCCAUUCUAAAAACCUCAUCUACAGAGACGUGAAGCCAGAGAACUUCCUCAUCGGUCGACAAGGAAACAAGAAGGAGCACAUCAUUCACAUCAUAGACUUUGGCCUUGCGAAAGAAUACAUUGACCCAGAAACCAAAAAACACAUUCCUUACCGGGAGCACAAGAGCCUUACCGGCACAGCUCGAUACAUGUCUAUUAAUACACACUUAGGGAAAGAGCAAAGUCGGAGAGAUGACCUUGAGGCCUUGGGUCACAUGUUCAUGUAUUUCCUCCGGGGAAGUCUCCCAUGGCAGGGACUAAAAGCUGACACACUAAAGGAACGCUACCAGAAGAUUGGGGACACAAAGCGAAACACUCCCAUUGAGGUUCUCUGUGAGAACUUUCCUGAGGAGAUGGCCACCUAUCUACGCUAUGUCCGGCGGUUGGAUUUCUUUGAGAAGCCAGAUUACGAAUACUUGCGGACCUUGUUUACGGAGUUGUUUGAACGAAAGGGAUAUACCUUUGAUUACUCGUAUGACUGGGUUGGCAGACAGAUUCCCACACCGGUGGGGUCGGUCCACGUGGACUCAGGGGCAUCAGCCAUCACGCGUGAGAGCCACGCACACAGAGACAGACCCUCCCAGCACCAGCCCUUAAGGAAUCAGACGGCCAUCUCCGACCGCAGAGGAGCUUGGGAGGUGCAGCCCAACCGUCAGACAAACUCCUCCUACCUGACCUCACACCUGGCAGCGGACAGGCACGGAGGCUCAGUGCAGGUGGUGAGCUCAACUAAUGGUGAACUGAAUGCAGAAGACCCGCUGACGGCCCACUCAAACGCACCAAUCACAGCGCAGGCAGAAGUGGAGGUGGUGGAUGAGGCCAACUGCGUGAAAAUGCUCAACCUGUGGUGCUGCUGUUUCUUCAAGAGGAAGAGGAAGAAGAACACUCAACGGCACAAAUGAACCUCUGGCCUCUCCGCACAGUCCAUUCCUUUGGUUGUUUUUAGAGCGUUCAAAUAAAGAAAUUUUACAAGACGACAACAGCGAGCCCUCCAAAUGAGUUGGGGAGCGAUGUAUGAAAACGAAGAGGCAUGCACACGUCGUCUCUGUGGGGAUUGUCUUUGUUUGGUUUCAUUUGUUUUCUUCCACAUCUUAAUUUAGGCAGCGACGGGCCUCAUCCUCAGACUGUCUCUAGGAUCUCAAAGCGCUGGAACAGCACCGCACUUCCUUUGCUGUUUUGCUUCUUUUUUCGUUCCCCUCGUCUUAAGCGGUGGAUGUGCCGGGGAGGAAGUCUCUGAAUGUGCCCUCUCGUCCUCUUCCUCCGCGACAGGCACAGUUUAGCCCUUUGUAUGACAUAGAGGGAGUAAGAGAGACAAAGUCGCCCAUGCUGGAGCUCGAACCUCAGACUUUUUCCUCCCCCGAGCACUUCCCGGCCCACUUCCACUCCACACGAGACGAGACUGUGUUUUUUUUUUUUUUUUUUCACACUUAACCCUUUUGAAAUGUUUGUUUGUGUAUUUGUUGGCUGAUUGUUGGUUCUCAUGCUGCCAGAAAGUGGUCGAAGCCUUAGAAUAUGACUAGCAGAUUUCUUCGUCGUAUCUAUCGGAAUGAUUUAACGUACAUGGGCAAAGCGCAAAACAAAUAACUGUCGUAAUGAUGCUAGCUGGCCUUUACACGUGAACUUUGUGAAAGUGUGACAUAAGCAGCUGUUUCCAGUGGUAACGAUGGGUGUUACUCCGUUCCACUGACUAGUAUUUAAGCUGCUUGUUCUAAAGCACUCCUCCCACUUCAACCCACCAGCCAGUCAUGCUGCUUUCUCCUCUUACGAUAUCGUACCGCUUUGACGUACAGCUGGCUGCUUUUCUAUUGGCUGAGGUGGCCAGUAAGACUUUCCUUCUGUGCUUUUGUAUCUUUCUGUCCAUAUAGUCACUUAUUAUUCCCACGACCAGUUCCUAAUAGAUGUUGUUUUUUAUGCCUGAAAACUGCUAAUUCUUCAGGAUGAGAAUAAUGUUUCAUGUGCCAGAGUGGUUUGGAAAACACCUCAACUUGUUCAUAUUAAGCAAAAGAUGCCACAAAUAAUGUAAUAAUGGUCGUUUGGCAGGCAUUUCUGUGUUUUAGUAGUUGUCUUGUGAUGGAACCUCGGAGGACGCAGACUGACGGUAGUGACUGCCACUGCGAAACAUCUCAAUUUAAUGCCUUAACAUUACUCGGCAGAUGCCACCUGCAGUAGGACAUUAUUAAACUCCUCCCUUGCCUUCACACUGACCUGAUACAUGUCUCAUUCCCUUUAGGAACCUCGCUCGACAUGUUAGAAUCAACAAAAUCGAACACAAAUUGGAUUGUGGCAGAAAACGUCGGAAAACCCAUUGAAACGGCCUGUUCGUAAACGCUAUAAUAUAUAUAUGCGUAUUCUGAGAUGGGGCAGCCCUUGACCUCUUGCAUGGAUGAGGCAGUCCUUAAGACAGGAAUUAUGUAAAAUGGGCUUAUAUGCGAAACAAUUACUGUAGUUACGUUGUCGUCGUUUUUUUGUUUCUACUUCAGAGAAUUGCUAAUUUCAAGUCGUGAUGUUGCCUUGUUCAUUUUUUGCUUUCGCCGUUCACUUAUUCACAGCAUUAAAUCCAUGAUUUUAUUUUGUGAUCUUUCUAAUGUAUAGCAAAUGUGAAUAAAUGUAAGAUAAAUUAUAUGAACUAUUAUUUUAUUUGAUUUUGAUCACCGUACAAAAGUUGAGAGAGAAGCCAUAGGAGCGUGUGACUGCACUAAAGUUGUCUUAGGCCCUUGGUUUACUUCAGCCUUUGCGUUGCUGUAUGCUACUGACCUCUGAACUUGUCUUUCAUAAGUAACGGAGGUAAAUGAAGCUGUUUGAAGAAUCUUUCAUGCCCAUUGUGUAUUUUGGAAAUACCCCCUGAGGGCCUACAGAUGGCAUGCUUUGAAUGUUCCUACAAAAGCAGUGGAUAAAUGAGCGUGUUGGACCAAAUUGAUAUGGCAAAUGGGCACAGAUUCUUUAUUAGCAUGUUUUCACCUCUUAACUCAUCAGUUUAGUAAUCCAGCCGUCUGUUUCCACUCGUAUAUAUAUGUAAAUAGUAACUUGGUGAGCUCUCACUGACCCAUUCCUUUUUGGAUUCACCUUGUGGAACAAUUUCCACCGUGUAGGGAUGAAAGUUUCGUUCAGAUCUCGGGUUGGCGGUUAUAGAGGAGUCAACCAACCGUUUUCGCAAAUGCGCAGAAAAACUUUCCAUGUAUUUCUGAUGUGACGGUUAUUUAAUAGAUAUUCCUUAUGCUUGUCCACUGUGAUGCAAGUCACUUUGGGUCUAAAUUAUUCUUUGAAAAGUACUUGAAUAAUACUCUUGAAAAAAAAUGUCGCGCAUUUUAUUUAACGUUCUUCUAUUAACGAUAUGUAUUACGUGCCUCGCUAGUUGGAAGACAAUUUAGUAUUUCUGGAUGUGCACUGCUUGCUAUUUCCAGGUGCGUCUGGCUCUAAGGAGUGUGAUUUUGCAGGAUUUAACCCCUUAAUUCUUGUUGAGGCUCUUCCAAAGUCAAAGUGGGAGGCAUUGGCUUGUUACGGAGCCAUCAGGAAUAGAUUUUUUUGGAUACAAGAGGAAUGUGAAAGCGUUUAGCUUUGGAUUCGUGGAUGAGGAAGCUAGUCCUACAUGCAGAUGUAAGAUGUACUUUGGGAUUAUGAGUGGAUGGUGAUCAAGGCACCAUCUGCUGGAUAAAAAUGACUCAUCCAUGUGAAACACUACACUGAAAUCACACUCUUAAUAUGCUAUUUGAAGUAGUUUGAUGAGGGAUGGCUAGACUUUAUUCCUUAUUACUGGAAUUAUGGAAAAUGCGAUCAUAAUGACUACUGGCUCUCGUCAACUGCAAGGUGAUGACUAUUUCAAACCAUUUUUCAUCUUUAGUUGAUGCUUUUUUUUAAGAUUGUACCAUGUUUUUGUACUUUUUUUUGUGUAGGGUUUGUUUUAAUAAAGAGUCCAUUUGAGGUUUAAACAUACAAUAAUUCCACAAAAGCGAUCGAUUCCCCAAAAGUCUGGGUCCUUUGGUUAGGUUUUUGUGUACCAUUCCGUUUCCUUUGAAUUGCCUUUGCUUUUGUAUCAUGGUUCUGGUCACUUUACUGUGCUGCAGAUUUACAUACAGAGAGGUAAAUAGAGUAAUUAUCCUAAAGUUGAAGUUAGUGACGUUAAUGCAGAUUUGAUGUGCAUGGCUUUUGAUCCCGAAAGCAAAGGAAACUACUUGUAAAUGGGGCACUGAAGAACAUUGUGGGCAUGAAGUUGAUACACUGUUAUUCUGUGGCUGCGUGAUGCCUUAAACAUGCUACUGCAAGCCUGACCCCUCUGUACGCUCCAGUUCAGCAGGUAAAUGUCCACUGCGUACUAUUUUGCCGCUGUAUACUGUAUUGCCCUUCCAUUGUGUCUGCUCCAGUCAUAGGUUUUUUUUUUCUCUCUCUCUCUGAAAAAUGUAAUCAUUCCUGUCUCAAGGUUUAAGUUAAUGUGGGAACUUUUUAUCGUUAUUUUUAAUUAACCGUCUGAUCUGGUUAACUGCUCAUUUUUAAUGACCUCGGAAUGAUUAUAUUACAGGAGUCUGGUAGGAAAGCACUGCAAUAUUUGAAUUCUCUUUUUCACUUUCUUUUUCUAGUGUUUAUUUCAGUAAGGAUUUUUCUGUACUUUGAACAUAUUAAAAACUGAAUUGUACAGUACUGCAAGAGCCAUUCUCUUGUUCUGGUCAUACUUACAAAGAUACUUUAAAUUUCAUUGUAUUAUGAAUUUAUUGUGUUGAAAUAUGAAUGUUGCUUAAAUGUAUUUCAAUGAUUUUACUUUGUCAAGGGCUUCAACUGUGAUGGACCCGUUUUGUUUUCUCCUCUCUCUCUCUAAAUAUAUUUUGUUUAAGUUGCAGAAAGAUUAAGGCCUUAAUCUUAAUCUUAUUUAAAAUGCCUAUUUUCCUGAGGAGUCAUAUAAAAUUCCAUACAUAACUUUUCAAAUUCAAUUUUUAUUCCCUCCACUGUUAAAGGGAAACUCAAGUUUGCACCCUUUUUUAUGUAAAAUAAAAGAAAAUGUCUCUUAACCAUUGA